UGGAAAUUUAGCCCUUACUUUGGCACUUCCAUUGCAUUUCCAUUGCAUUGCAUUGUCGCACAGCCAAUUUGGCAAAUUAUAGGCUAAGGGCAACGCCUCCAAUUGCCAGAGGACAAUUGGUUAAACGCCUUGCGAGUGCGCCAAUAAAAGACAUUUGCCGAGCACUCGGGGGCCACAGUGUCGAGUGGUGCUCCACGCCGGAAGUUGUGCAAAGUGGUGCGGUAAUGGCUGAGGAUAUUGCUUUGGUGGCCAUCAACGUGGGCAUUUGGCGGCGUCUGGCGGUGCUCUAUCCCAGUCCGGCGACCCGCUGGCGGAAGUACGCGUUUGUGUUGCCCGUUUGCCUGAUGAAUCUGAUGCAGUUCAUCUUCUUGCUGCGCAUGUGGGGCGAUCUGCCUGCCUUCAUACUGAAUCUGUUCUUCUUUUCGGCCAUACUCAAUGCCCUGAUGCGCACGCUGUUCGUCAUGUGGAAGCGUUUGGCGUUUGAGAAGUUUCUGGAGCAAUUGACGCAUAUCUAUCGGGAGAUCGAGGCAUCCAGCGAUGAGUGCAGUCGAAAUCUGUUGGCCAUGGCCGUGGCCGAGUCGCGUCGCCUGGCCAUAUUCAAUUUGACGGCCUCGUUUCUGGACAUUUUGGGCGCACUAAUCUUUGCUUUGUUUCUGGAGCAACGCACCCAUCCGUUUGGCGUUGCCCUGCCGGGCAUGGAUAUGCAGCGCACACCCGUCUACCAGAUAUUCUAUGUGCUGCAGUUGCCCACUCCCGUGGUGCUCUCCAUGAUGUACAUGCCCUUUGUCAGUCUAUUUGCGGCCUUUGCGCUCUUUGGCCGGGCCUUGCUGCAGAUAUUGGCCCACAAGUUGUCACGCAUCGGCCAGCUGCAGACGGAGGAGCAGCGCUAUCAAAUGUUGAUUGCUUGCAUUCAAUUGCACAUUACCAUUGCCAGAUAUGUGCGUAAUUUGACAGCACUGAUCAGCUAUAUCAUAGGGGCCGAGGCUCUGAUCUUUGGCGGCAUUAUAUGUGCGCUACUGUUCUGUUUAAAUAUAAUCACAUCGCAAACUCAGAUGAUCUCAAUAAUCAUGUAUAUCUUGACCAUGCUCUAUGUGCUCUACACCUAUUACAAUCGUGCCAACGAUUUGAUGAUUGAGAGCUUGCGCGUCUCUCAGGCUGUUUACAAUGUGCCGUGGCUGGAGUGUGGAAUGGCUUUUCGGAGAACUCUUCUGAUCUUUUUGAUGCAAACGCAAAGGCCUUUGGUGAUAAAGGCAGGCCACGUUUACCCCAUGACUUUGGCCAUGUUUCAGAGUCUGCUGAAUGCAUCCUAUUCGUAUUUUACCAUGUUGCGUGGCGUGACCAACAAAUGAGCUGGAAGCC